CAUCUGAAGUAAUGGAGGUGGGGUGCUCUGGACAUCUAGUCUUACAGAUAGAACCGUUGAGGGCAACCAUAAUGCUGAAUGGAAUGGAGUUUGACACCCCUGCUAUAGAGGGAUCAGGGGCGGACUGACCAUUUGGAAACUCGGGCACUGCCCGAGGGCCCGGGAUGCCCCUGGUACCUUUUUCAUAGGCUUUUUUGAGUUUGGGCAAGGACACAGGGGCCCCAUGAUCCCCUAUUGCCUGGGGG